AUGCGCUGUCUGGAGGACUUUCUCCUGGAGAACCUCCAAAGGUUACGACAUCCAACAAAACACAUCAUGAUACAUGUGAGCAAACUGUGCACUACAUCACCUUAUCGAGUAGAAUUAUUUCAGCAUCAUCAAGAAAGCGAAGUCAUAGAAGUGACGACUCUAAAAGCAGAGAAAAACGCCGAUCAUCCGAAAGAAGGACGUAUAGAACGAAUGAAAGCAGCAAACAUCGUUCAACUCCUCGUGCUUACAUAA